GGUUGUUAGUUUGUUGUCAACCAGGAAGCAGGUUGAAGGCGUGUGGCUUCGUCAAACAAUUUUUCUCACUUCUUACACGUUUUUGUGACUUUAAAUGACAGUCAUACUCAGUUGACUAAAUAUCCUCCCCUGUAGAGAAAAGAAGACACUCAAACCCAAUUUGUUCACCAGGUUCCUGCAUGGGCGGUCAUGAUGCUGGACGAAGGCGCCCGGAGCAGCCUGCUACGCUUUCGCCAGAACCUGGAGCAGGAUAUCAAGCCUGCCUACCUAAUGGAUCACAUGAUCAGUGACGGCGUGCUGAGUGACGAGGAGGAAGAGAAGAUCAGUGAAUGGCCUAGCAGGAAAGAGCAGGCGGCGGCGCUACUGGAACUGCUGCUCAAGAAGGACAACAGCGCUUUUAUCUCAUUUUAUAAUGCUCUCGUCAAGGAGGCGUACUACGACCUGGCCAAUUUGCUUCACGCCGCCCUUCCUGGUGUGUCACCAAACAGCUCUAACAACACAUCUGAUGCAAUCCAAAUAGUUCUGAGUGCAGGCGGGGUCCCUCAGAGGCCUGUGGUUUUUGUCAGCCGACCCGAACUGAUCAACAAGAUCCGGGAGAAGCUCUACUAUCUCCGAAAGGACACGGGAUGGGUCACUGUGUUCGGUAUGGCCGGCUCGGGAAAAUCUGUGCUGGUGGCGGAAGCUGUACGAGACCAGCGUCUGAUUGAAGAGUGCUUCCCAGGAGGUAUCCACUGGCUGUCCAUCGGCCAGCUGGACAAAGCCAACCUUCUGGUGAAGAUCCAAGCGCUGUGCUUCCGCCUGGAGCAGAGCCUGGACUCCCAGUCCCUCCACCGGCCUCCCACCUCAUUGGACGAGGCCAAGGAGCGUCUGCGCUUUCUGGUGUUGCGCAGAUACCCUAGGUCUCUGCUGAUUCUUGAUGACAUCUGGGACAGCACGGUGCUGAAAUCAUUCGAUAUCCACUGCCGCAUCCUUCUGAGCACCAGGAAUAGAAGCCUCACUGACUCAGUUAGCGGUGCCAAACAUGAAGUGGAGGUUGAGAGUGGUUUGGAUGACAACAAGGCACUGGAGAUUCUCGCCCUGUAUACCAAAAACGAACUCAAAUGUUUGCCUGAGGAGGCUCGAAGCAUUGUGAGAGAAUGUAAAGGGUCCCCUCUGGUGGUCUCCCUGAUCGGCGCGCUACUCAAAGAGAAGCCCGACCGUUGGAGCUACUACCUGCGCCAGCUGCAGCAGAAGCAGUUCAAGCGCAUCCGUAAGUCGUCGUCGUACGACUACGACGCGCUGGACCAGGCAAUGGCCGCCAGCAUCGAAGUGCUGCCCGACGAGCACCGUGAGCUCUACCGAGACCUCGCCGUGAUGGAGCCCGACGUCAAAAUUCCCGCCAAGGUGUUGUCCAUUCUGUGGGAUCUCGAACCCGAGGAGGUGGAGGACAUCUUGGAGGAGUUUGUCAACAAGUCUCUUCUGUUUGCGGACAGCCACCGCAAACCUGCACUGUACUACCUCCACGACCUCCAACUGGACUUCUUGGUCGAGCAGAAUCGCGCCCAACUCGAGAACCUUCACACCAAGGUGGUGCGUCAGUACCAGCAGCACUACAGUGAAACCCCGCCCACAUCCGGAGACGAAGAGUGCCUCUACUGGGUCCGGUUCUUAACCUACCACAUGGCCAAAGCCAACCUCUCCCAGGAGCUCUACUCGCUCAUGUUCUCACUGGACUGGGUCACCCACAAGGCCCGGAUACUGGGUCCGGCUCAUCUUUUAAAUGACUUUGUGGAGUAUGGAUCCAUUCUGGACAAAAAGAACAGCAACGUCCGCAGUCACUUCCAGGAGUUUUUGUCCCUCAACGGCCACCAGCUGGAGCAGCGGCCGUUUCCCGACGUGGUCCAGCUGGCUCUGUCGCAGCCUCAGGCUUCGGAAGUCUACAGGCAGGCUCUGCAACAGGCGCAGGAGCGGGCCAGAAGCGGGAAACUCUACUUUGACUGGCUAAAUAAGAGCAGUGUGGAAAGUCUUUCCCGGCUGGUGAUCCAUCCGCACCAGGGCUCCGUCUACGCCGCCUGCUUCUCCCAGGACGGAACCAAGAUCGCCUCGUGCGGAGCCAGCAAGACGCUCAAGGUUUUCAGGAGCACGUCCGGCGAAAAGCUGACCGAGAUCCAAGCCCACGAUGACGAGGUUCUCUGUUGCGCCUUUUCCCCCGACGACCGUCUCCUAGCAACUUGCUCCAGCGACAGGAAAGUGAAGGUGUGGAACGCAGAGCGUGGCAUGUUGCUGAGGGUCUUUGAGGUGGAACACGAGGAGCAGGUCAACCACUGCCAGUUCACCAACACGCGACGGCGCCUCCUGCUGGCCACCUGCUCCAAUGACAGUUUCUUGAACGUCAAGCUGUGGAACCUGAACAAACCCACUUCACAGAACACCAUGUUCGGGCACUUUGAACCGGUCAACCACUGUUGCUUCUCCCCCGACGACGCCUAUCUCUCCACCUCCUCCAAUGACGGCACCGUGAAGCUCUUCGAGGUGUCCUCCGCCAACGAAUGGAAGACCAUCAACGUGCGGGAGUGGUGCGCGGAAGCCGGCGAGGAGGUUCCGGUCAAGUGCAGCACGUGGACGGGCGACGGCAAGCGGGUGGUGUGCGCCGUCAGGAGCGCCGUGUUGGUGAUGGACCUGGAGACGUCGCAGAUGCUGUUAGAGAUCCGAACGGGUCGCCUGAGCAUGGUGCAGUACUGUCACGCGUGUCCCACCAGCAACCUGCUCGCCAUCGCCUUCUCCAACUAUGCGGUGGAGCUGUGGGACCUGGCGGACAAUAAGAAGAUGGCCGACUGCAGCGGUCACCUGAGUUGGGUCCAGCGAGUCCAGUUCUCUCCCGACGGCUCGCAGCUUCUCUCUUGCGCCGACGACCAGACCGUCAGGCUUUGGGAGACGGAUAAAGUGCACACCACCUCCGCGGUGCGCCUGAAAAGAGACUCGGAUGCUUUCUUUGACUCGGGGGAAGACGGCCAAUUUUUUGUUUCGGCGGCAGACAACCGCAACAGACUGCAGGUGCGCGCCGGCAGAGCGGGUUCGCUGCUUUUCCAGUCUGAGGAGAUGGCGUCGCGGAUCCGAUGCACCUGCUUUUGCCCGAAGCCUUUGGCCGUCGCCUUCGGCACAGAGGACGGCACCGUGGAGAUUCUGGCCAUCCCUUCUGGGAAGGUUCUCGCCACCCUCCUGGGACACACCAAGACGGUGCUGCACUGCCAGUUCCUCCACGCCGGCCAAACGCUCAUCACGUCCUCCGAGGACACCACCAUCAAUGUGUGGAAGUGGCAGUCGCACGAGUGCCUGGCGCUGCGGGGCCACAAGGAGCAAGUGCGUUGUUUCUCGCUGCUGUCGCCCGCUGAAACACGAAUGCUGUCCUGCUCGUUUGACGGCACGGUCAAGGUUUGGGAGCUGGAAAGCGGAGAGGAGUUGCAGCACAUCGAGGCUCACCGGGGAGCCAUUUUGUCUUGCCACGUCUCCCCAGAUGGACGUUUCUUUGCCACCACCUCUGCUGACAAGAUCGCCAAGGUGUGGCACAGCGAGUCCUGGCAAUGUGUCCACGUACUGCGCGGCCACCAAGACUGCGUCCGGAGUUGCCGCUUUUCCUGUGACGGGCGGCGGCUGGCGACGGGGGAUGACGGCGGCGAGAUCCGGCUGUGGAGUGUCGCGGAAGGCACCUUGCUGAAGAUAUGCUCGCGAGACGGAAAGGACGGCCUAGACUCGUUGCACGGAGGCUGGGUGACCGACCUGCACUUCUCCCCGGACGACUCCCUCCUGGUGUCCACCGGGGGAUACGUCAAGUGGUGGGACGCGGACAAAGGUGAAGCCCUGCAGACCUUCUACCCGACCGGUAGCGCGUUGAAGAAGGUCCACGUGUCGCCCGAUUUUUCCACGUUCGUCACGAUUGACAACAUCGGCAUCCUGUACGUCCUCCAGCGAGUGGUAUGAUGGCCUUUGAAAUGCCACGUUUUAGCCGCAAACUACUGCAGUCACCAGCCUGAAGAGUAGACAAGGUGCUUGAAGAUGUUUACUUCGAACAGAUUCUAGAUCAUUAAGACACGCAAACGCUGUCAUGCUUUUUUGGGGGAAUCGGCACGUUGAGCCGCAACAACCCGGUAAGUGCAUUAAUCAAUGCUGUGAUGGAUGUCAUGGUUCUAUCGUUUUGUAAUUUAUGAGAUUCUAUUCCUUCAGAGUCGAGAAGCCUUAUCAUGUGCACUAUGUUAAAUAUUGUAUGUUUACUUUUAAAGGCAUAGGACGAAUGUUCUUGUACAACUUUUCUACAAAUCAGGAUUUACACUUGGCGAGUCAUUUUAUCGCUACGUGCGUCUUUUUCUAAACGGCAUGUUUCACAACUGGGCCGACGCUUGACAAUCUCGCAAAAGUAACACAGUCAUAGUUUGUGCCUCUGUCCUUGCUGUGAUCUUUCAAGGAAAUGAUUAGUUGCAGGGAGAUGGAAUAAGCAUGUGAAUAUUAAUCAGGAAACGUUUUGUUUGUCUGAGUAACGUGAUUUCCACGAUGGUGCUUUAAACGUUGCAUAUAGUUAGUCAAAAGUUUUUUUUUUAUUCUCUAAUCAUUGGUUGCUCAGGAUCAAAGAAUAGUGGAAGCACUGUACUUUAUGUGAGCCAUUAAAAUAAAUGCAUGUAUUUAUUGUUAUUUGCUACUCUAAUUCCACAAAUAAAACACAUUUCUGAGGCA